AUGGCUCCUCUUUCGCUCUUUUUCUCGUCGCUCCUUUUCUCCGUUGCGCUCGGUGCGCCCGCCGCCUCCAGUGGCUCGAACCUGGGGAGAGAUCUUUCUCUCGUUCAAUCUUUCAAGCACAAGAUAACCGUCGACCCGUCAGGAGUCACCAAGAACUGGACCGGAAACAACGUCUGCAACUUCGACGGCUUCAGCUGUGCCAAGAACCCCAACACCGGAAACAACGCCCUGUCAGGGAUCGAUCUCAAUGGAUUCGGACUUGAGGGCAAGGGCCUGGUCCUCGAUGGCUUCCUCGACAAGCUGACCGACCUCACCUUCUUCCACGCCAACAGCAACGGCUUCACGGGAUCGCUUCCCAAGGACCUUUCGGCUCUCAAGUGGCUGUGGGAAAUUGACGUCAGCAACAACAAGCUUUCCGGACCUUUCCCAACUGGUGUCUUCGACCUCAACUUGACUUUCCUCGAUCUGCGUUUCAACGAGUUCUCCGGUCCCAUCCCGAAGGAGGCUUUCAACCUCGACCUCGAUGUCCUUUUCUUGAACGACAACAAGUUCUCGGGCAGCAUUCCUAGCAACGUUGGCUCUUCCCCUGUCAUCUACUUGACGUUGGCCAACAACAAGCUCAACGGAUCCAUUCCUAAGAGCAUUGGAAACAUGAAGAACGUUCAGGAGAUUCUUCUGCUGGGCAACGAUUUGUCCGGGUCGCUUCCUAAAGACUACAGCAUCAAGAACCUUACCGUCUUUGACGCUAGCGAUAACAAGUUGUCCGGAUCGGUUCCCGAGGGACUGUGCAAGCUCGACACUCUGGGAGUCUUGAACCUCACCAGCAACAACUUCAGCGGAACUCUGGGACCGGCCUGCACUGCUCUGCUGAAGAACCACGUUCUUGAUGUCACCAACAACUGCAUUCAGGGUGUUAAGGGCCAGAAGCCCGCCAGCCACCCGGAGCCGAGCGCUGCUGCCGAGAUGCAAACCAUCAUCGGCCCCACCAACCGGCGUCGGCCCCGCUACCCCACGAUUUCCGAUCCCCGCAAUGUUCACUUUGCCGAACUCGCAAAGACCCAUAGACUGGGAAAGUUCAUCAAAGCCUGGGACCCGCAGGUAAUGGGCGUCAAGGAUGCCAAACCUCGUACCGUCACAGAUGGUCACAUCGUCUCCGAUAUGGAUGUUGCCAUCCCAGUUAGAGACGGCACAAUCCUGCGAGGCAACAUUUACCGGCCUCGUCACCUGGAGGGCACGAAACUGCCCGUGAUCUUCAACUACAGCGUCUACAGCAAAGACGGCGCCACCGACAUUGCAGUUUUCCCACCAAGUGCAGGCUUCGACAAAGCUCGCAUCACCAAAGACUACGAGUUUGAAGCGGCGGAUCCGGGAUGGUGGUGUCGUCACGGGUACAUUGUUGCCAGCAUAGAUGCCAGGGGUUGUUUUCAGUCGGAUGGCGACAAGAGUUACUACUCUCGAGAUGUCGGAAUCGAUGCUGAACAACCUCCAUCCCUUGCGGCAAUCAUUCCAAUUGACGGCAUGACUGACAUGUAUCGCGAAAUGGCUUUGAAAGGCGGAAUUCCCGAAACCCAGUUCAGUGCCGUCUAUCCGUACUUCUUCAACUGGGGAAAGAAUUACGUCGAGGAUACGACGGAUGGGGCCAAGACGCACCCAUACUUCGAUGAGUACUGGCAAAGCAAGAUUCCAGCUCUCUCUCAAAUCAUGGCCCCGGCAUAUAUCAUUUGCGGGUGGGGAGAUCAUGCUAUACACACACGUGGGACACUCAACGCUUGGGAGAAGAUCGCUUCUCAGGUCAAGUAUCUUGAGAUCCAUCAAUAUCAAAAAUGGGAGUGGUCGGUUACUGAAGAGUCGUUGGCCCGCCAGAAGGCUUUUCUCGAUCAUUAUCUGCUCGGGCUAUCGACAGAAAUUCAGUACUGGCCCAAAGUUCGUUACACCAUGAGGGAGCGCUACUACACUGGGGAGUGGCGAUACAGUGACGCAUUCCCAAUUCCAGAAACCCAAUAUACGCAGUACUUCCUGACCCCAAGCUUUGGCUUGAGCAAGGUUGCUCAGCGCGCGGAGAGCCAAACAUCAUACGAUGCGAGCGAGGGUGAAGUUGCCUUCGAGCUUCCUCUUCGAAACUCUCUUGAGUUUGCAGGCCAUUCCAAGCUCAAACUCUGGGUCGAAGUGACUGAUGGUGGCGACAACCUGGAUCUUUUCAUAACUUUGCGAAAGAAGGAUAAAGAUGGAAAUGAUGUGUACUUCCCAUGGAUCACAGUUGUCGAUACCGGCCCCAUUGGUUUCGGUUGGCUUCGAGCCUCUCGACGCGAGUUGGAUGAGACAGCCUCGACCCCAUGGAAACCAGUUCAUCUCCAUCGAAGAGAUCUGGAGCCUCUCAAAGCCGGAGAUGUGGUGCCUGUGGAGAUUGAGAUACAGCCCACGAGCUGUCGAUUCCGGGCGGGAGAGCGACUUAGCCUCGUAGUCUCUGGACACGACUACGGCAAGUACCCGCCAGGUGCUCCUAUCCCCAGGCAUAAUUCCACAAUUAACAAAGGACGCCAUGUCAUCCAUUUUGGCGGGAGAUACGACUCGCAUCUGUUGUUGCCCGUUAUACCACCGGUCAAGGAAGCGUAUAGCCAAAAGAGGCCCCUCGUCAAGAUGACCAUUGCCUGUAGACGGAUCCCCGGUUGGGCGGAAGACAAGUUUCUUGAGGAAUACACAAACGUCCAUGCUGCAAUGACGAAGCAUAUCUCCGACGUGGUUCCCAUCCUCCGGAACUAUACUCAGGCUGUUGCACUCCCUCAUUCCAGUAUUCCAGGCGUUCCGAACGGGGGUCUGGAGCCUUGGGACGCGGUGACGACCCUAGGGUGGACGUCAUUGAAAGGUCUCUGGGGCUCAUUCCAAGCUCCCGAGUACAAAGCUUCUGCUGGUAAACACGAAUUCGCAGACAUUUCAGCACAGAAAGGCAUCCUCAGUCAAAGUUUUGCGGAGAGUCUGUUUGACCCCAUCCUCUUUGAGAAGCGUAAAAUCAAAGCAGCAUUGCUGCUGAUCUUCCUAGCAAAGUCUCAAGACGCAACCUACAUCGAAAACGACCUUACUAGUCGAGCAGCGUCCAUCACAGAACUCGGAGCCGGUACAUCUUUGAUGAGAUAUGUCCUCAACCGGGAAGUAACCCCCGAGGAUACUACCAGUUUCUUCGCCGGAACGCCUUUUGCCACUUCCGACUGGCACACGAUGGCGGCUUUCGAGCAGUACUGGUUCCCAGACCGAGCCUCCGCGGCAAAGUUCCUAAGCGAGAAGAACAAGCUUGAAACUCUUUUCAAGAAGUUGCCAAAGUCUUUUGACGCAGAUAAGUCUUUUGCGGUGAUCGGAGAUGAGAAUAUCGUGGUCAAGAAGGAUUUGGAGUUCUAG